AAGAAGACUGUAGGGAGCUAGGAAGGGCUCUAAGAAGACUGUAGGGAGCUAGGAAGGGCUCUAAGAAGACUGUAGGGUGCUAGGAAGGGCUCUAAGAAGACUGUAGUGUGCUUCCCAAGGGUGUUCGCACCAUGAGCUGUAGAGUAGUUUGUGCUGCCCAGCUCUAGCCUGCGUCUGCGUGUGUGUGCGUGCGUGCGGUGUGUGUAUGUGUGUGCGCGUGUGUGUGAUGGCGGUGUGUGUGGGGGCCGRGGCCCCCCUGCUGUGUGUCUGGCUGUGCCUCUGUAGCGUUGGGGGAUCCAGAGGGGAGGUGCUAGAGUUUGGGGGGGUUUCGGGACAGUGGGGGCGGUUCCCGGUGUGGAACGCGUGCUGCGAGAGCAUUCUGUCGUUCAGCGUUAGAACUCACAGCGCGGACGGGCUGCUGCUUUACCUUGACGARGAAGGAUUCUGCGACUUCUUGGAACUCUUGUUGCUACAUGGAAAACUCCGCCUACGAUUCUCAAUCUUCUGUGCCGAGCCAGCCGAGGUGAGUUCCGGGGUCGCCGUGAGCGACGGCCACUGGCAUGCCGUGCGUGUGAAACGGGACUGGAGGAACACAAGCCUUGAGGUGGAUGGAAAGAUGGAGGGAUGGGCGGAGGUAAAGAGCAAACGGAAAGACAUGACAGUGUUUAGCCAUACUUUUAUGGGCGGGGUUUCCCCAGAGCUCCAUGCCUCUCCGCUCCGCCUCACUUCCCCUGGUGUAAGAGACCACGCCUCUUUUGCUGGCUGGCUCGCUGGGGUCACCAUCAACGGAUCYGUGGCCGUUCUGGAAGGAUCGGAGGGUGUUACCGUGGGAGACGGGUGUGGGCCGGCCCACGUGUGUCAGAACGGAGGGGUGUGUUCUGUUGUCGAGAUGAGGGCCGUCUGCGACUGUACCGGCACCGGCUACAAAGGCAACGACUGCAGCGAAGGUCUGGCUCACCUGAUGAUCGGCGACCAAGGAAAGCUCAGAGGGUUCCAGUGCGGCCUCCACAGUCCAGUAUUCAUCCUUGUUUGCUCUUCCCCGCACUUCGCCCUGAGGUGCCGUGUCAUUCAGCCGGGUAGCACCUGUACCAGAUCCACCCAUCUAGCGCCCUGCCAGUGCAGCCUCCACAAGUCGCAGAGCUUCUCGGCGACAGUCCCAGUCAGAGUCUCCGGAGAGAACAGUUCCCGUCCAGAUGCUUCUCGGUGA